CUCCUUGGUACAACCAAUUCAAAUAUUUCACAAAAAUCAUAUGUCAAACAUUCAUGUGAUCGUACUGGUAUUAAUUUAUUGGCUCUGAUCUAUACGGAGGAGUCCGGAUUUGCAGGAUAUAAGU